CUUUAUUGUUUGGCUAGCUUCUCCGAUACCUCUUGCACAGAAAUGCAUCUCCUGGGCAUCAGUGUGGCUUUGGGACUACUGGGGGGGAUAUGGGCUCAGCUGAAUGUGCUGCGGCCUGAAUGCGACUCCCCUGAGGUAGAGGAGGCUGCGCUGGUGGCUCAGGAUUACCUCAAUGCCCAACACACCCAUGGCUACAAGUAUGCACUGAACAGGAUCGAAGAGAUCAAGAUCUACACUGUGCCUGAUGGAAACAACACAUAUGUCCUGGAAAUUGAAUUGCUGGAGACAGACUGUCAUGUACUUGACCCCACACCUGUUGCCAACUGCACAGUCAGGCCCAAACAUCUGACGGCAAUUGAAGGGGAUUGUGACGUGGUGCUGAAGAAGGUUGCUGGUGUUCUAACAGUCACAGCAUUCAAAUGUAAAACAGAAGAAUCAAGAGAAGACUUGUGCAUAGGCUGCCCUACCCUCCUUCCUUUGAAUCACACACAAGGGCUGGACUUUGUUCAGGCUUCGCUGACAAAACUCAACAAUGUGACACAAAAUGUUACAUAUGCCCUUUUGGAGAUCGGAAGAAUUUCUGCACAGGUUGUGUCAGGAGGGCAAAGGUACAAGACAGAAUUUGUUGUAAUUGAGGGCAAUUGUGUCAAUGACACCUGUGUGCCCCUGAAUGACACUGUGGCUGCUCGUGGAAUUUGUACUUCCGAAGGUCUGAACGACCCCAGUGUGAACUGCAAGAUGUUUUCCACUAUGAUGCCCCUUGUGGACGCCAACUCCACCGCACAAGUCUUCCCACCACAAGUUCAUGUGCACUCGGGUGGCGUUGCUCACAAGCACGGCUUUGGACACCACAAACUCACCGCUCACCAUGACCCCCACAUGGUCGGCUAUUUGUCCGCGGAAUCUGCAGAGUCUGCUGAAGCCGUCCCGGUUGCCCCCACUGCUGUGCUUGCAAAUCCCACUGCAGUUGCCGAUGAUUCGUCUUCAGAUUCUUCAGCCAGCGUGGAGGUCCCCCUCAGUGUGGUGAAGAGAGAGGCACCUGCCGCCGUUGUAGCAGACGCUCCUGCAGCUCAAAAAGAUCCCAUUGCUCCAGUGCAAUUGUGCCCAGGAAGGAUCAGAUUCUUCUAAAUAAUCUUAAGCUCCAAAAGACUCUGUUGCUUCAACUACACUGGUACUAGAGGAACUGCUGCAAGGGUCUUGUGAUCAUUACUUUUAGGUUAGGAAUAGAGCUUUAAACUGACUAUGCAAGGUUUGGAGGAAAAAAAAAAUUACAAUUAGAUUUGCAUGCAACUUUUUAAUAAAGAUCAAUCUUUGUUUUUA